AUGAUGCGAGAGCCAACGGCCCGUCGCCGGAGCCCAGAGAGCUCCCGGCGGCGACGCGCCGAGCGUCGGCAUUCCAGAGAACAGCUCGCUGCUGCCGCCGCUGUCGCCGCCGGCGUCGUCGCUGCCCAGCCCGCCCCCCUACUACCACAACAACUACCACCCGGACCCGAAGUAGGCGACCGCGCAAUAAUCCCGCCCGUGUCAUCAUCCCAAACCCACACUCCUACGCAGCACAUGACGGCGCUAUCUUCGUCCCAGACACAAACUCCCACGCAGCACCAAUAUCACCGAUCUAGGGCCGAUUCCACCACAUCCGCCUCCUCGUCGACCUCUUCGUCGCUGGUGAAUGUCUCCCGUCGAAGCCGAUUUGGCAUCCGUAACUUCUUUGCCCUGUCAUCCGUGAAGAAGGUCAAAAAGCGGCGCUCUUUCAAGAGGAAGAACUAUUCGACGUCUUCAGUUGACAGCGAUCUUGCCUACGGCAACGGAUAUGUGUCGCGGUCGUCCAUCGAAAGUACCCAUCGCCCAUCGCCUUCACAGCACCAACAGAUCCCGCAAUAUCCACAGCACCACCAGCCAUAUACCCCGGGGGCUUUCUCCCAUGUAAGCGGCGCAUAUCCAGCACCACCAGGACCCUACUCCCCUCAUCACUAUAGCCAACAUGGACACCACCCUGGCCAAGGUUACCCUCCUCCUCUCCCGCAUCAAUAUGGCCAGCCCCAUCCGCGACAAGGUCCCAAUGUUGGUCCGGACGGUCCUCCGGUCCUCAAGCGUGUCCAAACCGACGAGGAGAUCAUCGCCAUUGGCAGGAAACUGUCCGACCUCGCCCGUGCUGAGAACCUCCGCGACCUCGAACGCCAGGGUAAAUCUCGUCCUUCCCGUAUGGUGGCCACCGCGACAGCUGUCUCUGCUUUCCACCGUAAAAACUCUGGCGGGAUUCGCGGCAUCAGCUCCUCUCGGCCAAAUAAAUCGCAGUCUUCCUCUAGUGAUGAAGAAUGGGAAUCCGCCUCCGACUCCGACUCCGACUCUGAUUCUCCCAGCUCUGAUUCAGACUCUGGUCUCGCUUACGGUUCCAUGCCUCGUUUUUCGGACCCCAUCCUUCCUCCGCUGACAGCUCUAGCCGGGACAGCAGGCGUCAUGGGCGCAGCGAUUGGAGCCGGUAGCCUAGCUCCCACCAUCAUCUCUGAGCGCCCAUCUGAAGCCAUCCGUCCGCCAGACCGCAAGCCAAGCGCCGUCGAUCCAGCAAUGUUUGGUCCCGUGAACUCUCUCCGGGGAUAUGUGAAUACUCCUUGCGGUUUUAGGCCUGGGGAGUAUGUCUCUCCGGUGCAGUCUCAGUAUCAGUCUCCCGCACUGGCGCACAGAGUGACGGCUGAGAACCCGAUUCCAUUGCCGGGAAGCGCAAGCAAUGAAGCUCUGGUGCAAAGGCAGAGACAGCAGCAGCAUGGUUUUGAUCAGCCUAUCACUGCGACCAAUCUUGGUACCCCAGUGCAAAUUCAAGCCCCGCGACCAAGAAUUCCCGUCUCGCCUCAGGUGUUGGAAGAGCGAGGUCAUCAUAGGGAGCAUGAGAUUAGCACGGGCAGUCCGAAGAAGCGCAGAGAGAGGGAGCGAGAGAGAGAUAAAGAGAGUAGUAUCUCAGCAGCUCUUCCGGCUGUCGUGGGUGCUAUUGGGGCUGCGGUUGUUGCUGGUGCGGUGUUGAAUAAUAAUAAGGACGAGGGGAGGAGGCCCGACGAGAAACGUGAUGAGAGGCCACUACGUGAUGAUGAUUAUGAUCGGGAGAGACGCCGCCGUUAUGAUGAUGAUGCCAGGCGGAGCACCAUUGAUAUUAAUGAUAAGAGGGAUGAGAGAUAUAAUAGACGCGACUACGACCGUCCACCCACGUCAGAUGCCACUAGAUCGGAUGAACGGUAUUGUGAGCGUGAGCGUGAGCGUGACCGCCAUUACGAUACGCCGACUGGUCGCGACCGGGAUGAUAAUCGCUAUUCUCGACGGGAGCCCGAGAGCAAAGGUGGUAUUUCCGAGGUCAUCACUCCCGCUGUUAUCGGUGCCGUGGCUGGUGCCGUGCUCGCAGCCGGUGCUCGUAGGGAUAGCAAGACUUCGCCUGUUCACCGAACCUCGCCCAGCCUGGAGCGUGACGAUGGAUACAAGGAGCGUAUGCGGCUCGAGCAGGAAGUCAAGCGGCAUCGCGAGGACAGUGAACGUCACGCCCGUGAGGAACAGCGCUUGCGCGAUGAAUACGAGGUCCGCAUGAAGGAGAUCCGCGAGAAGGCCGAGGAGGAGGAGCGCCGGGCUAGGGAGGAGAAGAAGAAGCAAGAGUGGAUCGAGCAGCAGGAGAGGAUCGUCCGGGAGCAACGCAAGAUUAUCUAUCAGCAGGAGCGUGUGGCUAAUGACGAGCGCGAAAAGGCUGAGCGCGACCGGAGAUCCAGAGAUGCCAACCAGAAGAGGGAGCGGGAGGAGAAGCGGGCUUUGGAAGCAAGUGGCGGACGUGAGCCAAGUCGUGAUAAAGAGCGAUCGCGAGAUCGGAGAAAGGACGUGAUUGUUGUCGUUGAGGGACGUCCUGAUGUUGCUGACUCGGUUCCUGCCCCUGCUCCUACCCCUGCUCGCUCUGAGGUCAGCAAAGGGAAGGAGCGCGAGGUUGCUCCUCCACCUUCGGCACCUGCCCUCGAUGAGAAAAAGCCAGCUGGGGCCGACUCUCUGGCUCCUGCUGUCAAGAAGAAGUCCAAGGAGGAAAGGAGGCAAGCAAGGGAAGAGCUCCGCAAGUUGCUUGCUGAAACUCAGAAACAGAUCGAGGCUGAGAAGGAGCGAGCCAGGCGGUUGGCUGAGCUGGAGGCUAUUCAGGGUGCCCCUUCUGCCAUUACCGUCGAGCCACCUGCCGAAUUAUCUCGUGGGGAGCCGUCAGGCAGCAGCAGCAGCCGUGCUCCUGCCGUUGUUGACCCUUUCCAGUUCCAAGUCCCGACCGACGCCUUCCCAACUCCUUCCCAUACCCCUCCCACUGAUCGACCGUUGACCCCUGCCAUUCUCACUGUCGAGCCAGACUGGGAUCGCUUGGAGCCCGAGCCAGAAGGGGAGGUGCGGGAGCGUCUCAGCCGCCGUGAGUCGUAUGAACUUGAGAUUGCCCGAGCUCAGAAGAUCGUUGAGGAAACCAACAAGUCGACUAUCCCCGCCGAUCCUGCCACCAUCGCUGCUGCCAUUGCCGUCGUCGAGUCUUCCGAGAAUGAUAGAGAGCGCUCCCGCUCUCGCGCGCCCUCCAGAGGCCGUGACCGUGAGCCUGUCCGGGAUCCUGUCCAGGAGGAAGCCAAUCGAGUCUAUCGCGAACGCAAGAUCGCUGAGAGAAUCGCAGGAGAGGAGUCCCGUUCUCGCAGCGUUUCGCCUUCGCCUUCCAUCAUGGACAAGUACGAGGAUAACGGCGAAGAUCCCGUGGUCCGUAUCGUCACUCCCCCUGAGAUGAAGCGUGCUCCAAAGAAGUCGGUGUUUGACGGCCCCAACGCUGAUGUGAGGAUUGACAAUGUGAUUAUGCCUCAUGACUUGGUCAAGUACCAGGCUCCUCCCGCGAUUCCAGGUGUCAACCCGGCCAUGAUGAUGCCCAUCUUCAAGUCUAGGGAUCCGUCGUGUGAGAGGGAGAGACCGAUGCUCAUUUUGGUGUUGCCUACUCCUGCAGUAUCGCCUAACCCGGAAAAGAUGAUGCGGUCUGUGAGCUCAUCUUCCCAGGCGGCGACUGUGGUUGAUGCCGAACCGCCCAAGGACAAGGACGAGCCUGCCACCCCUCCUCGGAGCCCCAAGAAGGAAACAAAAAUCAUCAUGACUCGUCGCGGUGAGGCUGUGGAGGUACCCGAUGAUUAUGACACUGGUCGCGUGAGGGAGUCCCCCGAGAGCAGAGACGCGUCUCAGGAGAGGAAACCACUGAAGUUCAAGUUCGCGUCUCCGGGCAAGAAGACCAAUGCUUGGUCGUCUACGCUGGCGGCUGCUAUUGCUGGUGCCACUGCUCUUGCUGCGAAGAGGAAAGAGGAAGCCAAGGCCGCGGAGGCUGCCGCGGAGGCUUCUGGUUCCAGGGCGAUCGAGGGCGAGAGUGCUUCGGCAGCUGUUGUUGAAGAGAAGCGAAAGCCGGCCAUUGUUACUGCUGAGCCGCCUUCAGAGCCGAGAGAGGUUGUGCCUGAGCGAGAACAAAGAGAUACCUCGCCUGGUCCCGCCAUCUCUGAGCCCCCGUCUACCCCACCACAACAGAGGAGGUAUGUUCCCAUUGAUCUGGAAGAUGAGACGCCCCCACGGGUCGGCCCGAAGCCGACAUCAUCCAGCCCCAGCUUGAGCCGGAUGCCGGGCUCUUUCGAGGAAGAUCUUGACUUCAACGCCACCGUGGCUGCUGGACUGCAGGCUUCGGGCUUUGAUCCCAACAUUGUGAUCAAGAACGAAGAUUUCCGCCGACGGGACUCCCCUCGCGGCUCAACCCAGCCAUUCUAUGUACCUCCUUCUGCCGAGACUGUUACUGAUCCAAGUGACUCUAGCCGCCCAUCACCUGCUGUUGUCACCGCCGCGCCCACAGAGCUUCCUAUUGUACCGGCACAAGCUGAGCAAGACUUUGAUUCUUCCCCCAGGAGGAAGUCCAACUCUUCAGAGGUGUCACGCAGCAGCUCAGGCAGCAAGAAGAGCAACAGGAGAAGCCAUAUGAGCACCAGGAAAGAUUAUGUCGACAUACCAGAGCACGAAGAGCCACCAGACAGGCCAAACGAAGAGGACCUCUCUGGAAGGGUUCCCUCCAACCUAUCCAGAGAAGCUUCUUCAUUCCAGGUGGUCGACCAGCCAAAAGAGGAGUCCUUUCGGGUAGUCGAGCGAGGGUUGAGUUCGACUCCGUCUGAUCCUGUUGGCCAGACGAACGACCAAGCCGACGAUGCCAAGCACAUCACUGGCAACGCUCAGCAACCCGCAGAGAACAGGGACAAGCAGUCUUUUUUAGCUAGAGCCGGCACCAGUGGCGACGGUGCCGGCCUGAUGGAAGUCCAGGCUUUUGCAAGCCCGUACUCCCAUCUCAACGCCGUCCUGCCCUCUUCCAUAAUUGAAGAGGUAUUCAAAGGAUUAGGGGAAGCCAAAGACACCCAAGAGCCCAUCUGGCGCCGUGAGCGAAGCAUCAGCUACAGCUCCCAGAAGGUCGACCCUGAAGUCCAGGUGCAUCGUGAGAUUAAGCCAGCGAUCGAUCCCCAGUUUGGAGACCUGCUUCCUCUGCCUCCUAGUGAGCCAAAUUCCCCUGACGAUCCCAGCUUUUACGAAUUGGACGGCUUCUUCCCUUCCUUGCCGGAGAGUCGCCCUAAUACUCCGCCUCAAGAGCAACGGACCCGAAGCGCGACUGUCUCAUCUCGCCGUCAGGGUCAGGGUCAUGUCAGAACUCCCAGUCGAACAGCAGUUCCGUUACCGUUGGUGAUGGGCCGGCGAUCUGUGCCAUCUUCACCUCGGGUUGGAAGAUCAAGCCCUGUUCAAGGUGUGGAGCAGCCGUACUCGCCCCCUAAGAGUAGACAGGCUAGACCAACAAGCUGGGAUAUGGGGAAGGAGUACAAGCCGUUGUGGUUGAUUGAGAAGAAAGGCGGAGAGGAGAAGAGGGCGCCGAAUGUGGUGGACUACCCCGCGCUGCCGGAGAGUGAGAGUGAGCCGCCUUCGAGUGCACCCGAAUCUCCUGGCUUUGAUGCUGUAGAUCGAGAUGAGGAUGUCGAUGUCGGCUACCUUCAGCGCGGCGGUUUUGGUUUUGCAGGUGCUUCCAUUGGAGCGUUGGGAGCGCUCGGUGCUGGUAGGAUUCUACAGGAUCAGCUCAAGAUUGACGUGCCACUUGCGAGAUCAUUCGAGCAGCAAUCAUCUGGGUUCGGAUCUGGAGAGACCACGCCCCGUGCUUUCGCGGCUGACGAGUUUGCCCAAUCUCCUGAGGCUAGGAGGAAUGACAUUGAAAGCUUGGAACAGAUGUCACCUGUUGGAUCUGUGCAUCUCGAGAGCCAGUCCACCACGGACAAAGAGGAUGACGUUCAAGAUCUCGAGCAGCUCUCGCCAGUCGUUGUGCCCUUCAAAGCGCCUGCUAGACAGCUAGCCUUUGGUGAUGAAUUGGAGCUCUUGCCUGCGCUACCCGAGAGUUUGCCAAAUUCACCUCUCGAAAAGGGCCCGUCACCAUCAUCUGCACCUUUGGUCUUUGGAGGACCUUUGGAGGAGUUGCCUUCUUUGCCAGACUCUCCCAUCCAACAAUUGGCCAAGGAGGAAGCCUCUGCUUCGAUCCUCUCAGAAAGCCGUGCUCUCUCGCCGCUUCAGGAUGCCUCUACUCUGGAUGUGCCGGUUGAGACUUUGGAAUUGCCGUCUCUUGAGAGCUCCUAUGGGACUUCAAUUGACGACAAGAACUCACCUCACACUCGAGAAGAUGGAACCGAACUCUUGCUUGCUUCUAGCGGACCUGCGAGCCCGGUACCCAGCACUAUGCCACAAACCACAGAGUCGCCAGAGGUUGUUGAGUUGCCCGCUCUCCCUGACAGUGCUCCUGCAUCUCCUGUUCAAAACGUUUUGCCUGGCCACUUUGAGGAGAUGGAGGAGCUGCCACCACUGCCAGAGAGCCGGGCAGAUUCUCCAGUGCAUAUGGAAUUGGCUUCUCCUCCUGUUGCAGUCUUGCCACAUGCUGGAGAGUUUGAAGAUGCAUCUGCGCUGCCAGCUCUUCCGCAGGAGCAGCCUGGUACUCCUGAUCAUGAGAGGUUUCCGGCUCUUCCCCGAAGCCGCGCCCCCAGUCCUGUUCCGUCAGCCAAUUUACCAGCUCUUCCUGCUAGCACUCCUGGCUCUCCAGUCAUCGACACGCUGCCGGGUCUCCCCGCAAGCAGAUCACCAAGUCCCGUUUCUUCAGGCUUGUCAGUUUCCGAUUUACCGCUUCCUGCGGACAAUCGUGUUGGUUCACGCAGUUUCUCGGAUUUGUCAGUCGUCCCAGAGCGUAUGCUUGUUCCUGAUGUUUUUGCGGACUUGCCUGCUCUCCCUGAUAGCGAACCUGCUACUCCUGUUCAUACAGACCUCCCCGUUCUGUCUGAAACCAAACCUCUCAGCCCGAUUGUUACAGCCCAGCCAACUACCUCGGAAAGCCAGCCUGCCGUUUCGGCCUCGCCCACUCUGCCUGAAAGUCGGUCUGCUACCCCUGUUGUCUCUGAUGUUCUAGCUUCUGUAGAAGACGGACCCGGCAGCCCGGUCUUUGAGGAUGUCUCAGUCUUCCCAGACAACAAGCCUCUUAGCCCUGUUCUUUCAGCCUUGCCGCCUCUCCCAGACAGCACACCGGAGAGUCCCGUGGUACCGGCUGAAGCUAUUGCUGUUGAGGAAGAAGCUGUUGUUGACGAUAAAGUCGAUCAUCUUGACUGCAAAUCUGCAGUCGUUGAAAGCGAACCUAGCAGCCCUGUCAGCUUGACCCAGCAAGUGGUUGCAUCGAGCAGGUCUCUUGGUCCUGUGUUCCCAGGCUUGUCUGCCCUUCCCAAGAGCCGACCUGCCAGUCCUGUUCUCUCGCCACUGCCAGCUCGUCCUGACAUCAAACCUGUUGCUCCAGUCCUUUCGGCUACGCCCAAUUUUGCGGAAAGCAGACCGGCAAGCCUUGCUCCAUCGUUUACGCCGCGUCCCCGCUCUGAAAUCCCCGCACUGCCACUUUCUGAAAGUGGGCCGGUCUCUCCCAUCGAAUACUUGUCAAAGUCGCUGGCGGAGGCGCUCGAAAAGGUUUCAGAGUCGCGCUUUGAGGCAGAGAGCCGACCCGAGUCCCCUGUGGAGUUGGCAAAGUCUCCUGUCCAGACCUUUGAAGACGUUUCUCAACUCCCAGCUCUGCCUGACAGUCAGCCCGAAUCUCCGCUCGUGUUGGCAGAAUUGUCUGCUCGGACCGUCUUAGAUGCCUCACCAACUCUCCCCCCCUCUGAAAGCCGGUCUAUCUCCCCUCAUCCAAAGCCUGUAGAUUUUUCAGAUCUGCCAGCCUUACCUGAAAGUCUGCCUAUGUCUCCUGUUCUGGAACAUCUGCCAGUGCUCGGCAAUUCUCAGCCAGCCACGGAGGACCUUGUUGAUUCAAAUCCCGCCGUAGUGUCGAAGGAGACUCCAACUCUUCCCGAAAGCCGCCCUCCCUCGCCUCUCCACGACGUUGAGCUUCCCACUCUUUCAGAGAGUCGUCCUGAUUCGCCAAUCGUUGAUACAUUGCAGCAGCAAUCUUCUCCUGUUUUCACGCCUGUUGUCCCACGGGGACUAGAGUCUCUGCCAGCCCUGCCCGAGAGCGAGUUGAAUUCUCCAGUUCUUGAGCCUGUCCUUUCCCAGGGGCACGAGUCUUUGCCCGCUCUUCCUGAGAGUACGCCAAUUUCCCCUGUUGUUGAGCCGACCUUGGCUCAAGCGCCAGAAGUACUGCCAGCACUAUCCGAGAAUGCUCUUCCAGCCCCUUCAGACAGUCUACCGGCCUCUCCUCUGCUUGAGGUUCUCCCUAUUUCGGAACUCGACUCUCUACCAGCCUUACCGGAAAGCAAGCCGGGAUCCCCUAUUGUCGAGUCUGUUACUACUCAUGAGCUAGCGUCUCUCCCUGUUGAUUCUGGGGACACGUCAACUUCUCUUGCUCCUGAGCCCGUUCGUGCCACAGAACCAGAGAGCUUCUCCACGCUUUCUGAGACGGCAUCACCUUCCCCUAUUCAGCAUCCCAUGGUUCGCCAGCUUCCUGAUGAGAUCCUCAACAAUCUACCAGCUCUUCCCGAGAGCCCGCUUGCUUCUCCGGUUGAACGGCCUGUAGAGCUCCAGAGCCUCGAGGCUUUGCCGCUCCCUGAAAGCCAGCCAGCCUCUGCCAUCCAAGUUUCUGCCUCCAGCAAACAUCACGAGUAUAACUUGGAUCAGUUGCCUGCUCUUCCCGAGUCUCGUCAGGAUUCACCUCUACUCGAGCCCGUUCUGUCUGAGCACCAGGAGAUUCUGCCUGCAGUUCCCUUGGGCGUGUCUUCAUCACCCGUUCAUGUCCCUGUGCCACGCCAGUUCCCUCAAGACGACACAGAUGAGCUACCGGCUCUUCCUGAUUCUCAACCUGUCUCACCUGCCUAUGCUCCCAUCUCACGUCAGUUCCCUGAUGAGUUUGCGGACAGUUUGCCUGCUCUUUCUAAGACCCAGCCAACGUCAUCUGCUCAGGAUAGCCUCUCAAGCCAGAUUCAAGAGGCGCCUUUGGACACGCUGCCUGCUCUGCCGGAAAGCCAGCCAAUGUCUCCUGUUCAAGAUGCCUUCCCUGCUUUGCCUGGCAGCCGUUCUCCUUCGCCUUCUCAGCUGGCCCUGCCUCAGUUGGUCGAUGCGCGCGAUGAACCUUUGGUCAAUACGCCUGCCCUUCCCGUCAGACACUCAUUUUUUCCGAUCGAGGUUUCUGAACCUCGCCAACUUCCCAGCUUGGAUUUUGACAGCUUGCCCGCUCUGCCUGAAAGCCAGCCAACCACCCCUGUGGAGGAUUCUGGUUCAACUCAGCUUCAUGGCCAAGAUUUUAGCGACCUUCCAACUUUUCCCGAUAGUCUGCCUGUAUCGCCUGCUCAGACCUCUGCUCCUCAGCUACCAGCCCAAGAUCUGGACAACUUGCCGUCUCUUCCUGAAAGCCGACCAGGCAGUCCUACUGUCCGGUCCAUGCCCGCACCUGGUGAUGCUCGACCAUUGUCUCCUGUUCAAGCCCCUAUUGAACAGGUGUUCAAUGAAGGCGUUGAGACUCUGCCAGCCCUUCUGGAUAGUCGGCCCGUGUCCCCCCUCGAAACUACGGCUGAGGCCGCUGUGGAGAUCCCUGUGGAAGCUCCUGUCGAGGCUGCUGCUGAUACGUUCUUUGAUGCUCUUGAGACUCCUGAUGAAGUUGCUGAGCAUGAGCCUCCGGAGGAAGAUUUUAAGAACUUGCCAGCUCUUCCCGAAAGUCCGCCAACUUCCCCUGUUCCAGACCUUGCUUCGCCUCAACUGCCCCGCCAAGAAUCAGAUGACUUGUCAGCUCUUCCCGAAAGCCGAUCUGUGUCUCGCAAUCAAGACCUUGAGGAUUUGCCAGUUCUCUCAGAAAGCCAGCCCAUGUCACCGACACAAGCUCCAGCUACACCUGAGUUGCCCAAAGAAGACUUGGAUCAGUUACCAGCUCUUCCUGACAGCCCCUUCUUGUCGUCCGCUGAGGCUGCACAAGUACAACUCGAUGUAGUCGAGGUAAACCUGGCCGAUCUGCCAGCUCUUCCUCAGAGUCGCGCUUCUUCACCUGUACACAAGCCUGUUCUGCCGCUUAUCGUCACGGACUUGGAGAAAGCAGAAACUGUACCGUCGCCCAGAUCAACUGGCAGGGAAAUCGCGGGGGUGCAAGAGCAAGACUUCGCGACACUUUCUCAAGUCACAGAUGGCAACGAUGCACAGAUUUAUGAGCCUCCGUCAUCUUAUUCCGAUGUCAAGACGCCACCGAGCCCCAUUACAAGGCGCGCACUUGAGAAGGAGAAGGAACUGGAUGAUUUCGACAAAGGCAAGUCGGUUUUUGUGGAUACUGCCGCUGCUGCCGGCCCUGCCAGCACUCUUGUUGUUGCCAACAUGCGCCAGAACGGUUCUCAGCCAGACAUCCAACGUCUGGGCUCUGAAAUGCAGAUUCCUCCCAGCCAAGAGAAGAGCGAGAGUGUCUAUUCGUUCAAUGAGGAUGGAACAUCUACCGUCGCUGCGUCUGAAGCACCUACUUACCUUUCUGGGUCAACUUUCUACGAAUCUCAGCUGUCUGAGCCGACCAAGAAGAAAGACUCUCCUCGCCAAACUUUCAGUUCGCUUCUUGGGCUCUGGAGCAAGCGUGAAAAGACCCAGCCAGAACCGCCUGCUGUUUCCAAGGUCGUGGCUAAGGUGGUUCCUGCUACAACGCCUGAGGAGGAAAUGUCUGAGGAUGGUUUGGUUCCCAGUCCGACAAAGAAAGACAAGAAGAAGAAGAAACAGAGGAAGGGUGAAAAGGAGGGGAGUGAGAGUGGGAGUGGAUCUCAGCAAGAGCAACAGAGAGGCGAAUCGUCCGGCGGUCUCAACAUUCUUUCGAGCAACCAGUCGACCAACGACCAGCCCGCAUCGUCCAUAGUCAAUAAACCUGUUGUUUCUCGCUACCUGCCGGACGACGAACCGUCGCCUUCUCCUGACCAACAACAUGAUGAACCGAGCCAUGACGCUGACGUUGCUCCUGAAACCGAGGAAUUCCCGGUUCCUGACGAAAUACUCCCUGCUGAAGAAGUCCCUGCUACCGAGGAACCACCCACUCCCGGCAAAAAGUCCAAGAAGAAAAAGAAGAAGGCUAAGAAGGCUGCAGCCGAAGCUGCAGAUGUGGCUGAAGAGGAGGCUGCUCUCGAGGCUCCACCGCCAGAACAGGACAUUGCGGCUGAGAACGUGGCUUCAGCAGAAACGCAAGCUCCGAGCAGCGGUGAGCUUGAUGAUUCUGCAAAGGAUCAGGGCCCUGGUCCUCAGCCUUCGGUCAGAGAUGAUGUGGAUGAUGUUGAACCUGCCGAGAAAGAGGAGCAUAUUGCAGCUGCACCGUCAAGGUCAGGUUCAAUCUCAAGCCCUACCACGCCAACUUUGACCAGAGAUAUCACGAAGAAGGGCAUUCUGUCUAUGCUGCCGGCUGUUUCCCCCUUUCGUACCGGAUUUUGGGGCAUCAAGAAGCAGGAACCGGCCACGCAGACAAUUCUCGAAGAAGGCCCUGAACUCCAAAGUCAGCAAACAGAACAGGGGCUGGGUCUAGGCGAGUCUAGCGACCGUUCCAUUGAAGUGGGGCCUGCAGAAGACGUGCAUAAGCCUGAAGCCAAGGAGGAAUUAGGGUUGAAUACGGCUAGCCUUGCGCUAGACACCGCUGUUUCUCUUGUUGAGAGCCCUAUCCUGGUCCAAGACGAGGCAAAGAUUGAGCAUGAGGCAACAAAAGAGUUGUCGGAUGAGAGACAAGAACUGGUCGAGGCUGAGGUUGUCGAUGUUGAUGUUGAUGACAAGGAAGAGAGCAAGGACACCGUGCGGAAUGACGAAAAGGAAAGCACGUCGCGUGUUGUUGAUGAGCCAGUCGUUGCCCACGAGCCAGUCCAGGAUGUCUUAGUACCGGAGAUCACAGCAGCAGCGUCUGAAGAUGUUGUUCAGGAGGAGGCUGUUGAUGAGCCUUUGCCCACUACGGCUUCUGAGAAUGUGGAGGUGGUUGAGCCUGCGACAAAGAAGAACAAAAAGAAGAAGAAAAAGAAGAAGGCCGCCGCUACAGCUACUGAGAACCUGGAGACAUCUAACGCCACUCAUGCUACUGAACAGUCAGUCUCGGAACUGGUCCCAGAGCCAUCUGCCUCUUCAGGCCAAGUAGAGGAGGCCCUCACUGAGACUGCUCCUGCUGAGGAAGUUGCCCUCGCCGAAGAUAUCGCCGUUCUUUCCGAAGUGACCCCUACUGCUGAGGCAGUACCUCCCAAGGAGAUUGCCGCUGCCCCUGAAGCUGCCCCGGCCCAAGUCAAAGAGAUUCCCGCGUCUACAACAACCAGCAGUAAGAAGUCCAAAAAGAAAAAGAAGAAAAAGAACGCUUCCCAAUCGACUGAAAAUCUUACUACAGUCCCCAUUGUCGAAGAGCCACCCGUCCAGGAUACCACUGUUCAGCACCCGUCCACGGACCCGGAGCCCGAGACCAAGCAAAUCCCUGAGGAUGCUGCCACCAUUUCGAUUUCUACGGACGACGAGCUGCAAAAGGACGCAGACGAUUCUCUCAUAGACAAACAGGAGCCCAAGAGCAUGGAGCAGCCCCUCGAGGAGCACAAUAUUCCCGGACAGGUCAGUCGAGACUCAAGCGAGCAACCCAACAUUAGCCAUGGCAGCGACAGUACAACACCAAGAGGUGAGGACGACAAUAAACCACACCAGACCGAGGCCCAUCCCGUUUCUGAGGUUUUUUCAUCAUCGUUUUCACCAGCACAGUUGCCAGAAAAGAGCGUCCAGAACAACCAGGAGACGGUGGAAUCUGCACUCAAUGAGAUUUCCAGCGAUCGACAAGAUGGUGUUCCUGUUACUAUUCCCCAUGAUUUACUACUCCCUGACAAUAAUGAUGCUGCUGUACAAGACGUCUCCAAGGAAGAACCAGGCUUUGACACGAUUUCUUUGCAACAGGAACAGGACCUCCCCACCGCGCCACCGUUGACGACCGAAGCCACUCCGGAGCUGGAGCCGGUCAUUAAGGAGGAGACUGACACUGGUGAUGGCCUCGCCGAGACAAAGUCAACACAUGACGUCAAGUCCGGCAUCGUCGAACGAGGUUUCACCGCCCCGCUCGUGGCUGCAGACAGUACCAUUGAGGCCUUGACAGGUGGUGCAUCUGGAAGGACUGCCGUUACCCAGUCAGAACCAAUCGCUAUUGAGGAGGCUGCAGCACUUGUACCGCUGCCGGAAGAGGUUGAAUCUGAUUUUCCCACUGAUACUACAAGGGCAGAAGAGGAGAAGACACCGCCAAUUGAUGAAGACAAGGCCGCCUCAUCCGUCGCCCAAGGCGAGGUUCAACAACGGCCUGAAGAAGGUCGGGCUGAAACACCUGCAGUACCUGCAGCAACUCCCCUGCAAGAACAACAACAAUUGGGUGACAUCGCUGUACCUCCCCCACAACAACCGCAUUUGCAGCAACAAGAGAACUCGUUUCAGGCACUACAGCCAAUCCCAACAGCGGCUUCCCCCAUUGAUGCUACACAACUGCAUGAAUUGAGGCUCGCCUCUUCCCCAAUCGGUGCCAGGCCUCGCUCGGUCAGCUUCACCCUGGAAGCGAUCAGCCCUGGCGCCUAUACCCCCACGAGCAGCGGUGCCAUGUCUCCUGUAACGGAGCACGAGUCGGAGGAUGCAUCUGGUCCUUCGUCACGUUACACUCUCCGGAGCAAGAAGAGAGAGAAGCGGAAGAAGUCUACUGCCCUGAAAGCUGUUGCUAGCCCUACGGAUGAGGAACAUGGAUGGCUCAAAACAAACAAGCCAGCCUCGUUGGGGUUGGUUGACUCUCCUAAGCAACAGGCGUCUCCUUCCCAGGAGAGCUUUGAUCAUCAGCUUGGCACGGUAGCGGAGGAGACUACUUCUGCUAUUGAAAAUGAUGCUGAUAGCAUUAGCGAUGCAAGGUCGGUGCUGUCGUUGGCUUUGGGGAAGAGGGCGGAGACGCCGUCGGAGUUUGGGGGAAGUAUGGCUGAUUCGGAGGGGACUGUUGGUGAGAAAAAUGAGGAAGCUGGGCCUUCAGUGAUGAAUGGACUUUUGCUUGCGACAAGGUUGAAGAGGGUGGCGGGACGGUUCAGGGAGAGGAGGGAGAAGGCGGCAGCGAAGAAGAAGAGCGGGAUUGCUUGGCCUAGCAGUGAGCAGGAGGAGAAGCAGAAUGUGGAAGAGGAGGUUGGGAAGGAAGAUGAAGUGAUGGUUGAGGUAGCUGCACCUGACAGUCGAUCUUGGGAAGUAAAGGAAAAUGUUGAAGAACAAGCAGUUGCGACUGAUGCCCCUUACCAGCAGGCAGAGCAGACUACUCAGGAAAAGGGAGUUGCUCUUGGAACCCCUCUAUCUCAGCUCACGGAGCAGCUUGCGCAAAAACAAGCUUCGGAACAACAGGAGGCAGUGGAGCAGGAAACGACCACUGCUGUUGUUCCUAGGGACCUUUCGCCCAUUCCUGAGGAGAGCGCUUCUGAGCCUGAGACUGUCGCUGCUGAGGAGUCUGUUGUUGAUGACUCGACUCCUGUGGAAGAUACCACCCUUACUGCCGAGUUUACAACUGCGGAGGAGGUUUCUGCUCUCCCGGAGCAAGUUUCAAACGAGGAGUCCGCUGUCGAGCCUACAAAGACAAGGGAGCUCGAGGUUGCUCCCGAGCAAAUACUUCCCAUCGCAGAGCCUGUCAGCGCUUCAGAUGAGGCUGCGGUUGAGCAAUCCCCUCUUGUUUUGGGGGCUAUUCAAGAGGAGCAGAUCGAGGAAGAGGAGUCUGUGGCUGCUCUUGAGCCAACUGCUGAGCCCGUUGCCGAAGAGGCCCAGGUUGAGGUUGUUGAAGAGAUUGCUCCGGUCGACAAAGCUCCUGCCGAAGAACCCGCUGUGGCCGAGGCUGAACACCGCGCAACGGAAGAUCCCGCCACUGCUAUUGCUGAGCCUUUGCUCGAGACCGCUGUUGCUGCUCCAGAGAGUCUUGUUGAACCUGAAGUCCCUGUUCGGGUUGAACUGCCAGUUGCCGAUAUUGGAGAGCCAGCUCCCACUUUUGAAAAGCCAUCGACUGUUCCAGAGGAGAUCAUCGCUCCUUCGGUUGAAGGGGUCACUCCAGCUGUCGAAGUCAACAUUCCUGCGCUUGAACAGAGCAUCAUCAAGCUUGAUGACAGCACUCCUGAAACUCAGGACCAAGAAUCAGUCGUUGGCCGCAAUAUCUCUUUGGAUGCAGAGCCACAGCUUGAGCCCGAGGUCGUUCCACUUACGCAAGAGGCGGAGUUGUCAAUAAGUGAGCCUGAGCUCACUCCUGCCAUCCAGAUCGCUCCCGAAGCCCAGCUAGAACCCGCCAGCGCCGAGGUUGUGGAAGAUGUCCCAGAGCAAUCUCCCGCCGCUAUCAAGCUCGAAGCUGAAGUCGGCUCUGCCGUUACCGAACAUGAGCAACUCCAACACCGUAUAGAUGAGCUGACGGAGGCGAUGUCAAUUCCAUUGCCAGUAGAGGUCGAGGACAGUUCAGAUCUUGUUCCAGUUGCUGAGCCUGAGCAACGACAACCUGAGUUCGAUGAAUUUGCGGAGGCUAUCUCAAUCCCAUUGCCAGAAGACCUCGAGUCAAUCUCUGAACCUACUCUGGUUGCUGAAGUUGAGCAACCGCGACUUCAACAAGAUGAAUUGGCGGAGGCUUUGACAACUCCGUUGCCAGAUGAGGCUGAAGAGAUCUUUGAUCUUACUCCAGUUGCUGAAUUCGAGCAAGCGCAAGUUCGACUGGAUAUAUGGGCGGAGGCUUUGACUGUUCCACUGCCUGAAGACUCCAAGUCAAAGGUUGAGGUCGAGGCUGAUACUCCCCCAGUGAUGGCUUCUGAUGACGUUCGGGCUGUUGCUGUCGUUGAGAAGACUGCCCCGGUCGCGGUUGAAGAGCUAAUUCCCACUGUCGAUGAGUCAGCUCCUGUUGUUGAAGAGCCAAUUUUUAUCAGCGAGUCUGAGCAAGCUGUUGAUGUCACGCCCACUCCUGCUGAAACGUCUGUUGAGGAAAAAUCUCCCCUGCCGGAGAAGUCUGUCUCGGUCGCUGAAGACAUUGCGCCCGCUUCGGAAGAGCCAAUCAAUCUUCUUACUGCCGAUGAAGAGUCUGCUCCAAAGCCAGACUUUGAUAGGGAGCUCGCCUUCGCCGCUGAGAUUGCUCUUCCAGAGGCCACAGCUGACGAGAUCGAACUGCCUGCUACACCACCCGGACAACUCUCAGUCGACCAGGAUCUCGUUUGGGCAACUGAGACCCCUCUGCCAGAAGACACAGCUGAUGAAGUCGAACUACCUGUUACCCCCGUAGAAGAGCUCUCGGGGGGUCAAGGUUUCGCUUUGGCAGCGGCAACCCCUCUUCCAGAUGUCACCGAGGAUGAACUGGACCUGGUGCCUACACCAACUAUAGAGUGCUCUGUGAAUCAGGAUCUCGCUUUAGCAACUGAAACUCCCUUUCCAGAAGUCACAGAGGAUGAACUCGAACCAGUUUCUGUGCCAGCAGUUGACUCAGUCCCAGUGCACGAAGAGAUUUAUACUUUUCGCGAGGUUCUUGCACCAGAGACUAAGGAGAUCGCUCUUCCUACUGUUGAAGAGCUGAUCUCCACUGUUGUCGAAGAGGCUGCUCCUGCUACUAUCGAGGAGUCAGUGACAGUCUUGGCUGAAGAGUCUCGGUCUGAGGUUCAACCUGUGGCCACUGUCGAGACAGUUGAAGGGCCUUUGGAAGUUUCUGAGAUGCCCGUCGUUGAGGAGCCGGUCGUUCAAGGGCCUGUCCUUGAGAAGGUUAUCGUCGAAGAGGUUGUUGAGGAAGGACCUGCAGCUAUUGAGAAGCCUGUUGCUAUGGCUGAAGAGUCUGCGGCUGCCGUUGAUGAGCCUGCUGUUGUCGUCAAAGAGAUGCCAGUCCCUGAGGAGGCUGUCGCUACUGUCGAAGAACCCAAAGUUAACAUCCAGGAACCCGCCAUUGUUGAAGAACCCGCCGUUGCCAGAGAAGUUCCGGAUUCUGAACAGGUUUUGAUCCCCGAAGCCACCAAUAUGGACGAAGAGGUUCUCGUUCCCGAGGAAGAAGUCCCGGUGGAAUCGCCAAGUCUCCCUGUCGUCGAGACAGCUCCUGAGGAACCUGCUUCAACUCCAGCCCCUGUGAUCGAAGAGACAUUCGAGUUGCCAGCCAAGAAGAAGAAGGGUGAGAAGAAGAAGAAGAAGAAGGCCGCAGAGAAUGAAGCUGAGAUUCUAGGUGUUGCAUCUUCAGCUAGCAUCGAGGAGUCGACGCCAACAGUACCGGAUCUGACUGUUGAGCCGACAAUUGAGGAGCCGACAAUCGAGGAGCCGACAAUUGAGGAAACUAUGAUCGAAGAAUCAACACCCGAAGAACCGACAAUCGAGGGGCCCUCUGUUACAACGCAUGAGUCCGUUGAGCCCGUCAUUGCCACUCCAGCGGUCGAAGAGGCCAUCGUUCUAGCAUCUCAACAGUCUACGGCACGCGGACUACCAUUACUCGAAUAUGUCCCUGAGCCUAUCGAGCCAUCGGUUCCAGCAAUCCAAGAGGUAACGAAGCCAUCCAAAAAGUCCAGGAAGAAGAAGAAGAAGGGUUCCAAAGCCGGUAGUUCCGAGCCUACUUCUACCAUUGCAACGCCUUCCCAGGAAUUCAGCAAUCCUCUUGAGCCCACAGUCGAAGAGCCCUUUCUUAUGCCCAAGUCACAGGAUGAACCCACCGAACCAAUGACUGUCAAUGAGCCAAAGUCUUUUUUAUCCGAGGCAACGGCUGUACCGCUUCCGGAGUCCGACACAGAGGAUGAGCCAAUCCCCGCUCCUGAGCCAGAGGUCACCAAGCCUUCUCCAGUGAUCGAGGAGUUCGAUGCUUCUGACGCUGCUCUGUCGGAGCUUCCGAAGGCUCUCGAUGUCGAAGGUGAGCCUGCGACCUUGACAGCCCAGCAACCCAAGGCUUUCGAGGCAGUUGGUAUUCCCGAGGAGACCACGCCCAUUGUUAAAGAACCAGCCUCAGAAGCACUUGUUCCUGAGCCAUCAACAGACAAGCAUUCAGUGGGCGCUGUUGAAAUUGAGCCUGCGCAAGAGGUGAUUCGGCAACAAUCCAAAGCUGAACAACUCCCUGUUGCUGCUUCGCAGCCCGAGGUGAUUGAUGGACCAGUUUUGGAGAAGCAAACCAUUGAGGCAAACGCUCUUGUUGUCGACCCCGUUCAAGAGCUGAGUCAAGAUCGCUCAUUGGAAAUUUCAAACAACACUCCUUCUUCACCCACACUCGACCUGGAAGUUGAGAUGCAGACGGAAACUUUGCCUGACGUUGAACCACCUACCGUCGCCGCUUCUCCGGCCGAGUCUAUCGAGCUGGUUCCGCUUGCCCCUGAGGAGCUUGUUCAAGAACCCAGUCAAGACCAUUCUUUGGACAUUUCCCAGACUUCUGAAAUCGAGGAUGCCCCCCUUGCUGUUCCUCAACCUGAUACUACUGAGGAGCAAGCCAGUCCUGUCGUCGAAGAGAUCGUUAAUUUGCCAACUCAGCUUGGGGUUGCGAUAUCUUCUCGCAGCAUUCCACAGACCGAGCAAGAGGUCGAGGUUCCUGCCGUGGCUGAGCCUACUCUUAUCGAGGAUCCUCUUGAGACAUCUGACAAGGCCGAGAUCGCCCCUUCCAUCGACUCUCCCGUCUCGAUUGAGGAGCAGUCUAUUCCGCCUGAGACAGCUGAGCGCAGCGUUGCUCUUUCAGAAGAACCGAUCACCGAAUUCAGGCAAAUUUCAGCCGAGCAGCAAGAUGAAGUCUUCGUGCUCCCUGUCGUCGAGUCCAAGAAGCAAAAGAGAAAGAAGAAUAAGAAGAAGGGCAAGAAAAUCGAGGUUGAGAAACAGCCUGAGUCUUCUUCUGAGGUCACGCCUGCUCCUGGGCCCUCUUCUGGGACUACACUGGAGCGUGCUCUAGAGCCUACUUCUGAUCUUGUCAUUGCUCCAGCUGCGGAGUCCACCCCUGAGAUUUCUGUUCAGCUUGUCAAGGACCCUUUCGACGACCCUGUCCAAGAGCCUACCACAGCCCUCGAGGUCGCUCCUGUCCACUCGACUAGAGAAGCUGAAGUCGCUGAAAAGCCAAUCGAUCGCCAGCUUCCUGUUGAAGAGCCACUUAUUCAGCAACCCGAGUCUAAAGUUGGAGACUUUGGUGAUGAAGAAUUCUUCCCCUUGCCAACAAAAAAGUCAAAGAAGAACAAGAAGGGAAAGAAUGUCCCCGCGGUGAUCGACGAUCAUGACGGCGGCUCUGGUGUCACUACGCCGCUGAUCAUCGAGGAGCAGAAGCAUGCACUUUUUGCUGCUCCUGAAGCUCACACUCCUCUAGUUGAAAAGGCGUCAAAUGGUUCUCCAGAUGAGGCAAUUCUUGUGGAGGAACGCGGCUCUGCUGUUGGUGGUGCUUCGAUUGAGGAAUCUCCGGUUCCUGAAGAGACGCCAGUCACCGAGACACCUACCGUGGAAGUUUCGGUUGUUGAGACUUCUGACGAGGAGACACCCUCUGUCGAAGACGCUCCAAUCGUUGAAGUUGAAAUUCUAGACGCCGAGACGGCUCCUGUGGUGGAGGUGGACGUUGUCGAGGAGAUUCCCACUGUGGAGCAGGAGCCUGUGUAUACAGAGGUUCAAGAGCCUAUUGUUAUCAACAUGGAGGAAGAGCCCAUCACCAUCGCUUUGCCCAAGCCUAUCAGCAGACCACAGACACCCGACAUGCUCACUCGCGAGGCUGAGGUGACGCCUCUUCCUCCCAGCAGACCACAGACUCCCGUUCUUGAGAAGGUGGCUGUUCCUUUGCCCUCAACUCCCGCCAGUCAACAACAGGCCGGCAAUCAUACCGUUGUAACUCCCGCGCCUGUCACUAGAGACUUGGGCUUGCUUCCUGAGAUCUCUUUACUUCCGCCAAUUAGCCUUGAGAGAACACCCCCGCGGAGACGGCGCAAAAAGGUCAAGACAGUGGAGGCAGAGCAAGUUGAACUUGAUGAGCCUGCUGAACCCGCCGGUGCUGAGGUUGAUGAGAGCUCUAACAAGGGGAAGAACAAGGAGGAGGCUGUUGUUGCGGCGACCGCACUUGCAGGUGGCGUUUCGUUGUUCGACAAGUUAAAGGAGAAGGAGAAGGAGGAGUGGAGAGUGAUGGGGGAUGCAAAUAUCAGUGUGUUGACUUCAGGUUGGGACGAUAUGGGGUCUGUGCUGGGUGGUGCACCGGUUUAUGAGGAGUAUGACGAGAAGGGAAAGAAAGUGGUUGGGAGCUUGUACGAUGAGGAAGAUGAAGAUAAAGUUGAAAAGAAGGCAAGGAGAUCAUGGAAGACUGAGGCUGGACUGGGGAGGAUGGAUUCAGAGACGAUUCCCAGGUCAGUUAGGGAGUUGUCCAAGGCGAAGACAGAGGAUACAUCAGAGAGGGGGAGGAAGAUGGAGCGUGGGAAGAGCUCGCCGUCGCCAGAGCCUGUGCAGCGGUCGUUCUCUUUCCCGGAUGAUAUUGCUGAUGAGGAGGCAUUCGAGACACGCGAUACCACGGGUGAUGAGAAGAAGGAGCAUGUCCGGGAGAUGGUUCCUGUGGCAGACCAGCCUGUCCGGCUUCCACGCAUGUCUAGCUUUGGGGACUUUAUGCGAUCUCAUGCUAGUCUGCCGCCGGUUCAAGAGGAGCUCUCGGAGGAGGAUGAGCCCAAGAAGCAAGAGACGCCUGUCCGGCUCAACACACCGGCACAUCAUGCUCUACGAGACAGCGGUCUUGGAGGAGAGUCUCCCCGUGUUUCUCGAGGUCUCCAGCCUGGUGAGACGGAGCAUCUCCGUGACAGCGGUGUUCACCUCACACCACGCAACAGCACCGAGGUGGAACGCCAACAAAAGAGACGCUCACCAUUGGGCGGAAGUGUUCGCCUGUUGGAGCCUUCACCGCCCCCUCACACGCCUGAGCCAGAAAAAUCAGCGGUUGCAUCGGCUGUUCCCAGCAGCAGUAGCGCCAAGCGGAUUGGGCCCAACACCAGCCUCCGCACGCCUGAGCCGUUGCGGCCUGACAGCCCAGGCAGUGUCGGGAGCAUCCGGUCGCACAACACUGCAACCCCCCCGCUCCGACGAAUGGACAAGCGAACCAGUGGGAACUUGCGGUCAGGCACGUCUAGCCAAACAGAGCUAGCCGCCAAGGCCCGCGAGCAGGGACACGGCCAAAAUUCAUCCUCAACGGACCUCUCCCCAGCCAUCGCUAUCACUGGAGCUGCCGCACUGGGAGCCCUGGCCGCUGCUACCACCACCACUACCACCUCAACAGGCUCAUCGUCCACAUCUCCGCCCAUUGCGAAUGAAGGUCGCACCCGUGCCGCCAAGGACAUGUCUGAUGUCUUUGAGGCUUAUGGAGAGGGCCGAAUUGGCUCUCCACGCUCACCGACCCGUCCGCACAGCAUGCGUCGCCGCCAAAGCUUGCAAGUAAUUGAGCUCGAGGCCCGCGUCGAACAGCUUAUACAUGAAAACCAGCAGCUGGCAAACGGCCGCGCCCAAGCCGAAUCCCAGCUGGCCCGCGGGAGCCUCUCCUCCGACAGCGACCGCGAAUAUGAAAUCGAGCAGCUCAAGCGCGCCCUCAACGAAGCCAAUGGCGUUAUCGAGCGAUUAAAACAAACCAAUGAGGGCCUGCGCAACUCUACCUCUGCCAUCGCCAUCCAGCACCACGAGGAGGUUCGUCGCUACGAAGCCCAACAAGCUCAGGCCGCCAAAGAACUUCAGAAACAAGCGCGAUCUGCCAAGGAAAAAGAUGCCGAGAUCGCCCAUCUCCGCACCCAACUAGAGGCCUCGACCGAGGAAAUCAAGAGGCUCCAGCAGCAGAUUCUCGAGCAGAGCAGAGCCAGCGUCGACUCUGACUUCCUCGACGUCCGUGACAUUGACUACUUUGACCAUCGCUGCCAGCAGUUGUGCGCCCACGUCUCGCAAUGGGUGCUCCGCUUCUCCAAGUUCAGCGACAUGCGCGCAUGUCGCCUGACGAAUGAACUCAGCGAUGAGAAGCUGAUUGACCGUCUCGACAAUGCCGUCCUUGACGGCUCCAAUGUCGACACUUACCUCAAUGACCGCGUCCGCCGUCGUGACAUUUUCAUGAGCAUGACCAUGACCAUGAUCUGGGAAUUUGUCUUCACGCGGUAUCUCUUCGGCAUGGACCGUGAGCAACGCCAAAAGCUCAAGCACCUUGAGAAGCAGCUCAUCGACGUCGGACCUCCCCACGCUGUCCGACAGUGGCGUGCCGUGACAUUAACGCUCUUGUCACGCCGUCCAGGUUUCAAGAGGCAGCGGGAUCAGGACACAGAGGCGGUUGUCCAAGCCAUCUUGGACACUCUCGCCAAAAUACUCCCUCCCCCUUCCAAUCUGGAGGACCAAAUCCAAGCCCAACUUCGCCGGGUAGUCCGUGAGGCGGUCGGGCUAGCAAUAGAGAUGCGCUGCCAAAGAGCAGAAUACAUCAUGCUCCCUCCUCUCCAGCCCGAGUACGACGACGCCGGCGAACUCGUCGAAGACGUCAAGUUCAACGCCGCCCUCAUGAACGACGGCGGACAGUCCAAUCUCACCAAUGAGGAGCUCGAAUCGACGGCUGCCACCGUCCGGGUGGUGCUGUUCCCGUUGGUGUUGAGAAAGGGGGAUGACGAAGGGAGGGGGGAUGACGAGAUUGUUGUUACACCUGCGCAGGUUCUGGUUGCGAGGUCGGCGUAUGCCUCGCCUGCCACGCCUACGCAGAGCAUAAGGGGGAAGAAUGUGAGGUUGUUGACUCCGAUUAGUGAUGCUGGUGGGGGGGCGAGCGUUGGGGGACGGAGCCCGAAGCAGGAGAGGGGGGUUAUGGGGCCGCCGCCGCAGCCGGGGUUGAGGGGGCAGGGGAGUGAUGUUAGUAUGGGGGAUCAUGGGGGGUAUAUUUAG